GGCUGCCGCUGUUGCUGUUCUCUCCCUCGUCCCAAUCAGCUUGUUUCUCCCGCCGACCAUCCUUCGCUUUUCUGGUUCGUUCCAGUUCAGUUCAAUCUUUCAAACGCAGACUGAGAAUUCGUGAAAGAUGGCCGUGAUUGCUUCUGCUCCUGGGAAGGUACUGAUGACUGGUGGUUAUUUGGUAUUGGAGAGGCCGAAUGCAGGAAUUGUGCUCAGUACAAAUGCUCGAUUUUAUGCAAUUCUUAAGCCACUUUAUGAUCAACUGGAAUCUGAUACUGAGUGGAUGGAUCUGAAGGUUAAUUCUCCUCAGAUGUCAAGAGAAACUACAUACAAAAUGUCACUAAAAGAUUUCAGACUUGAGUGUUCGAGUGAAUCAAGGAACCCUUUUGUUGAGUAUGCAGUCCAAUAUUCCAUAGCAGCAGCAUAUGCUACACUGGACAAGAAUAAGAAGAAUGAAUUGCAUAAAGUACUGUUACGAGGUAUGGAAAUUACUAUCUUAGGUUGCAAUGACUUCUAUUCAUAUCGGAAUCAGAUUGAAGGACGUGGGCUCCCUUUAACCCCAGAAUCUUUGGCUUCUCUUCCACCAUUCACAUCAAUUACUUUCAAUGCUGAAGAAUCAAAUGUAAAAAGCUGCAAGCCUGAAGUUGCAAAAACUGGAUUAGGAUCAUCUGCAGCUAUGACAACUGCUGUAGUAGCUGCUUUGCUAAAUUACCUUGGGGUUGUUGAUCUUUCACAUGGCAGUUUAAAUCAAAAGAGUGAGCAUCUUGAUUUUGUGCAUAUGAUCGCUCAAACUGCUCACUGCAUUGCUCAAGGAAAAGUUGGGAGUGGGUUUGAUGUUAGUUCUGCUGUGUAUGGAAGUCAUCGUUACGUCCGCUUUUCACCAAAUGUCAUUUCUUCAGCUCAGGAAACUGUCUCUACCACACCGUUAGAGGAAGUAAUUGGUGAAGUCUUGAGAGGCAAAUGGGAUCAUGAGAGGACUAAAUUCUCCUUGCCACCAUUAAUGAAUCUGAUACUGGGAGAACCAGGAAGUGGAGGAUCAUCCACACCAUCGAUGGUUGGUGCUGUCAAGAAAUGGCAAAAAUCUGACCCACAAAAGUCCCAGGAGACAUGGAACAAGUUGUCAGAGGCAAAUUCAGCACUCGAAGCACAGUUGAAUUUGUUAAGCAAAUUGGCUGCAGACCAAUGGGAUUCAUAUAAAGCUGUCAUCGACAGCUGCAGCAGGUUCAAAUCAGAGAAGUGGAUUGAGAAGUUCUGUGAAGCAAGUCAUUUAGAAAUCGUUAAAGCGCUAUUGGGUGCUAGAGAUGUCAUGCUUAGCAUCCGAUGCCACAUGCGACAGAUGGGCGAGGCUGCAGGCAUCCCGAUUGAACCUGAAUCUCAGACUCAACUCCUGGAUGUGACCAUGAACACAGAAGGUGUGUUGUUGGCUGGAGUUCCUGGUGCAGGUGGAUUUGAUGCUGUUUUCGCUGUUACUCUAAGCGACUCGAGUACUAAUCUAACCAAAGUAUGGAAUUUGCACAACGUUUUGGCCUUGCUAGUGAGGGAAGAUCCUAGUGGUGUUUCUUUAGAGACUGAUGAUCCUCGGGCCAAGUAAUUAUGGCCAUUCUUAUCGGUUGUUUUAGAUGUUUCUUCAAGUUCGUUGUAUGUUUAAGUCUUUCAACUUCCGAGUGUAUGAAAUUUUCUGAACUUCUAAUCGUUUCUUAGGCA